AUCCGGUCCAGUUUUGAACUGUGUGCAUACUCCCUGUCUGCGGUGAACACAGUCCCACUGUACUUUAAGAAUUUUAAUUCCUGCCAAUCGUAUAGUUAUUAAUGGACUUUACAUGGAAUCCAAGUUAAUAAUCAGAUCAUCUCUGCUCGCUCAUACUCUCCAAGAAUGCAUCCGAACCCAAUCCCUCCCGCUCACCAAACAGCUUCACUCUAUCAUCCUUACAUCCGGGUGUUUCAGAGAGCGAUUUGUGGCCAAUCACCUCAUCAAUGUUUACUCAAAAUUGGGUCGUUUAGAUGUUGCGCAUUUUUUAUUUGAUAGAGUGCACAACAGAAAUGUCCUGUCUUUUAAUAUUUUGCUGGGAGGGUACAUAUGGAACGGAAAUUUAAGUGCUGCUACGAAGUUGUUUGACAAAAUGCCUGAUAGAAAUGUGGCAACUUGGAAUGCUGUUAUAAAUGGGUAUGCCCAGUUCGAGUUCAAUGAAAAGGCAUGGAACUUGUUCUUUGAAAUGCACUUGCUUGGUUUCUCACCUGAUGCAUUUACUCUUGGGAGUGUUUUGAGAGCUUGUGCUGGAUUAAGAGAUUUGAGCAAGGGAAAACAAGUUCACUCUUAUGCUUUGAGGUCAGGGUUGGAUGGUGAUCUGGUUGUUGCAAAUGCACUGGCUCACAUGUACAUGAAAUCCGGGAAUCUUGAAGAAGGAGAGAUAUUGAUUAAGGGGAUGCCAUUUCAGAAUUUAGUUGCUUGCAAUACUCUUAUUGCCGGUAAGGCACAAAGCCAAUGUUCUGAAGGUGCUCUGGAUCUUUAUAACAUGAUGAAAAUGGAAGGGUUGAGACCUGACAAGAUUACAUAUGUAAGUGUGAUCAGCUCAUGUUCUAAGCUGGCUGUUCUUGGACAAGGGCAACAAAUUCACACUGAGGUGAUAAAAUCCGGAGCCAUUUCAGUCGUUGCUGUUGUCAGCUCAUUGGUCAGUAUGUAUUCAAGGUGUGGAUGUUUGGAUGACGCAAUUAAGGUGUUUGAAGAGAGGAAGCAAGCAGAUACAGUUUUGUGGACUGCAAUUAUAGCUGCUUAUGGGUUUCACGGGAGAGGACAAGAGGCGAUAGAAAUAUUUGAUAGUAUGGAAUUAAUAGGACUGGAAGCAAAUAAAGUCACUUUCUUGAGUGUACUUUAUGCAUGUAGUCACUGUGGGCUGAAAGAUAAAGGGCUUGAGAUUUUCUACUUGAUGGUGCAAAAGCAUAAUUUAGAACCUCAGCUGGAACAUUACACCUGUGUGGUUGACCUUUUGGGAAGAUCAGGUCGUUUGGAUGAAGCUGAAGCUUUUAUAAGAUCUAUGCCUGUGAAGGCAGAUGCUAUCAUAUGGAAGACUCUUCUAUCAGCCUGUAAAAUCCACAAGAAUGUAGAUAUGGCCGAAAAGAUAGCUACAGAAGUCCUAAAGAUUGAUCCUCAAGAUUCAGCUUCUUAUGUGCUUCUUUCUCACACCCAAGCCUCUGCUAGAAGGUGGAAGCAUGUCUCAGAAGUUUGGAAAGCAAUGAAAGAGAGAGGGGUGAAGAAAGAGCCAGGGGUGAGUUGGGUUGAGUUAAAGAACCAGAUUCAUCAAUUUAUUAUGGGCAGCAAAUCUCAUCCACAGUGCGAAGAGGUUGAAAGUUAUCUGGAUCAACUAACUGCUGAAUUGAAGCUAAAUGGGUAUGUGCCAGACACGGCAUCAGUUUUGCACGACAUGGAUGUGGAGGAAAAAGAGCACAACUUGUUACAUCACAGUGAGAAGUUGGCAAUUGCUUUUGCUCUCUUGAACACCCCUAAUGGUGCGCGGAUUAGGGUGAUGAAGAACUUGCGAGUGUGCAAUGACUGUCACCUUGCAAUCAAGUACAUUUCCAAGAUCAAAGGGCGAGAGAUUGUUCUUCGUGAUUCCAGUAGGUUUCAUCACUUCAAAAAUGGGCAUUGUUCUUGUGGAGAUUACUGGUGACUUGAGAGGAUUUCAAUUCGGUAUGCUUAUUAUUCCCACUUUCUCUGUUUCUCAAUGCAUCUAUAUUUUCAUUAAGACACUACAUCCAAAAUUUCACUUUUACUACCCAAACCUCACUUGAUCUUAGUCGUCCACCACACUGAAUUCAAGCCAUCCAUGGGCCUGCUGCCGGCAUGUGUGUCAUUAAUUGGGACAAGAUUGUCUCCUAAUCUGUUUCCAGAUCGACAUGUCUACUUAAUGGGGCUGCAAGUAUAACAGGGUUUCAUGGUACUUUUAAAAUUUAAUUCCUAUGGAUCAAGCUUUUCGAAUUCUGUCAUUGAUGUACUGAUAUUUGUCUUUGGAACCACUGUCUCUAGAAAAACGUAGUCAUACAUUUCUGGGAAGCUGAUUGUGUCAAGAAUGCUGCAUGAAAGAAGGCUUUAUUGUCAAGCUGAUAUGAGUAAUAAUUCUGAUAGUGAGGAAGUAUUUGUAGUAUAUUGUGUGAUCAGGUAAAUACUGUCAAUAUUGUAGGUGUAUUUGAGGAUACCUACUUCAUGGAGGUAAAGCUGAACACAUAUUUUCGUUUUCUGAUGUAUUUUAUGUCAUGUUAUACUAAUAUUUACUCACUUGGAUCCAAAGAUACUGUUCAAAGUACUUAUCUAGCCAUUUCGUCAAAAACGUAAUGGUUUAUUUUAAUCUCGAUGUCUGACAUAAUGCAGUUGAUUUUCUGCGCUGUUCAGAGGUGUCUUUUGAAAACAAUCUGUACAGGCUAUCAGUCAAACUGGCCACUUCUCCAUGGCGCAAUACACCUUUCGUUCUUCUCUCAGGUCAUCUCUCCCUCUCCCUCUCUGAUGUACGAGGGGAAAUUGGUGGUUUUAUCAUCAUCAUUACCCCAGUGCUGCAAAGGCUCCCACCUACAGUGGGGUCAAAAUUCAACAUGCACGCUCCAGCGGAUUUUGAAUGUGAUAUCUUCGACGACCUCUGACUCUUCUCCUACUGCGACGGCGACAACCGGUUGCAGUGGCUUGGGCGGCAUCGAUCGAUUGCGGGCGGGGUAGUGGCAUGGGGUAUGGGCGGGGGUAGCGAGGGUAAGAAUGGAGCUGCUGAAUUGAACUCCAACAACGUACGGCCAUUCCUUUGGCUUUUGAAAGAGAUGACACCUUUUUGUUGAGAUCUCAAUUCGUACAGAAAAACAAGAGGAGUCACAAUUGAAUCUACUUUGCUCUCUCAAAUAUUAUUCAUGAGGAACUAUUUAUGCUCUUUGCAUGGCGGGGAUAAUGAACCUUCGAAACAUGUGUUUGAUAAACCGAAUGAUGGCAGAAAAAGGAUUGAGGAAGUCAAGAAUGAAAGAUUUUGAAUACAUGAUAACUAAAUAUUUUAUUCUUGUAACUAGCUAUAUUGUAAAUUUAAUGUUCUUGUGUUUAGAAUGAUAGUGUAAUUGAAGUUGCUAAUGUCUACAAUGUAUGUUUUGUGUUAUGAAAAUGAACUUGGAUGUUUUGUGUUGGACACAUACAAUUGUCUAUGUGUUUCCUUAUUUUGUCUGUGUGUAAUUGAAAUAU